AUAAAGAUGGAGUUUAUUAAAGAGGAGAGAGAAGACAUGAAGAUUGAAGAAACAUUCAGAGUCAAACAUGAAGAUACUGAGGAACAAACAGACCUGAUGUCACUGAAAAAGGAGAGUCAAGAACUGAAUGAAAUGGAGGAUCAGUAUGAGGAACAUCAUGAUUUCAUAACUGGGGAAAAAUCCAUAAAGACUGAAAAGACGUCCUCACGAAAAAGACCCCAGAAGACCAAAUCUAACACCUGCCAUCAAUGUGGAAAGUGUUUCAGUAAUCAUCGAAAUCUUAAAGUCCACAUGAGAAUCCACACUGGAGAGAAACCCUACACAUGCCAACAGUGUGGAAAGAGCUUCAAUCAAACAGGGAACCUUAAAAGCCACAUGAGAAUUCACACAGGAGAGAGGCCUUUCACCUGCCUUCAAUGUGAACAGAGUUUUAAACAAAAAAAAGCCCUUCUUUCCCACAUGAGAAUACACACCGGAGAGAAGCCAUUCACAUGUGAUCAGUGUGGAAAGAGUUUCACACAUAAAGACACCCUUAAUUCCCACAUGAGGAUUCACUCAAGAGAGGAUUGUUUAAUAUGUCAACAGUGUGGCAGACGUUUCGCUCAUAAAGUAAGCUUCAAGACUCACAUGAGAGUUCACACUGGAGAGGAGCCUUACGCAUGCUCUCAGUGUGGAAAGCGUUUUAGACAUAAACAGUCCCUUGAUUCCCACAUGAGAGUUCACACAGGAGAAAACCCUCACACCUGCAAACUGUGUGGGAAGAGCUUCUCACGAAAAGGAUCUCUUAAGACUCACAUGGACAUUCAUACUGGACAGAAGCCGUUUACAUGUGCUCAGUGUGGAAAGAGUUUCAGACGUCAAGUGACUCUUAAUUACCACACGAGAAUUCACUCAAGAAAGACACCGUUUUAGAUAUCAUGACCUAAAACGCCUUAACAAGCAUGAAUAAAUCACUCUUAGUCUUUUUUUUUUACAUUAAACAAGCCUUAAGACUCA